AUGGGCAAUGGCACUGGAUGGGAGGACCACCUCCACUGGGGCCUUCUGAGUGAACACGUCUUGGUUGCUGGGCUCAAGCUCGACUCUGGGUGGUCUUUCUUUGUUGCAUCCCUGCUCACAAUCGCUGUAUGCGUGUCGGAAAGGAUAUUGACCUAUGCCAUCUCACAAAAGUGGAAUCCUUUCCUCCCGCGUGGCCACCGGCCAACACGCUUAUCGAAAGCGCUGUGGCAAGCGAUGCUGUACUGGCUGGUCACUUUAGCGAGACUGAUGUACAUGCUCAUAGGCAUGACGUUCAGCUUUGGGUUGAUCAUAAUCGCUGUCACGACGUUGGCGACUGGCCAAUUCAUCAUCGAGCUGCUCGACCAUACACCUUUGCCUCCGCGCUCGCGCGAUGAUUCCGAGCACUUCUACAAGGAGCCCCUCCUCCAUUCGGACGAGGAUGCGUUCGGUCCUGAGCCCAGCCCCGUCUACCCGCCGUCCCGCCCCAGCCUCGGCCCGUCCCCUCCCGGGGGCCGUCCGCGAAGCAAGUCCAAACCCGACGCGAUCUUCAUUCACCCGAACGAGUCCAACCUCGCGCGCGCCGAUGUCGCCGCCGCCCAGCUCGGGCUCGGGGGCGACACCGAGCGCGUCCGUACGGAGGUCUUCCGUGUCAGCGCGGACACGGAGGCGUGGGAGCCCGGACGUGGGCGGGACGUCGCGCGCGAGCUGCUUGGUCGCUGA